CUCACACUAACAUCGGUCCAGACCCCAUCGAAUGACUCAAUACCCACACAGGGUUAGGGUUACUGCUUUGUCACCCCGAUCGAGCUUUUCACGGCUUGCAACCUCAGUUUCACAUCCUUCAAACAACACAUCCAACCCCUUACCAACUCACCAACACCCGUUGCCAACAAGCAGAACUCACUCCAUUUAUACCCACUCACUUGGCGCCAACCCAAACUAUGCUCCUCCGCAACGCCUCCUCUCACGACAGAGACCCGGACAUCUUCCACACCAUGACCUCGCACAACCCCGCCGCCGCCGGGCCUCACGAAGCUCACAGUGACAUGCCAGCCGAAAACGGCACCACCGCCAACUACUACGGCAACAACACCGCCGCCACCCACAACAACCACGACCUAGACGACAUCUGGGCCACCCCCUCCUACCUCCCCCCGCACCCCCAAUCCCAUCCCCAUCCCCAGCACAACUCCCACCACCACCACCACCACCAGUACCCGUACCCCCCCCAAGAACCCACAGUAAGCGACAUCCCGCGCCUCUCCGCCGCGCACAGCACCGCCGGCUACCGCGACGGCAUCACGCUGGCCAAAGCCCGCACGGCGCAGGGCGGGUUCGACGAGGGCUACGGCCUGGGCGCGACCAUCGGCGCGCGCGCCGGCCAGCUGCUGGGCGUGCUGGAGGGGCUGGCGGCCGCUGUGGGGCUGCAGGCGCUGUCGGAGGCUUAUCGGGGGCAGGGGCAGGGGGCGGGGAUGGGGAUGGGGAUGGGGGGAAAGGGGGAGGCGCGGCGGAUUGAGAGGCUGUUGACCGAGGCGAGACGGGAGUUGAGCGUUACGGGGGUGUUUGAUGGCGAGUAUUGGGCGCAGGACGGGAAUUGGCGGUAUCAGGUCGGUGGCGGCGGCCAGCAGCAGCAGUAUGGGGAUGGGUGUGGUGGUGGUGGUGGUCAGGGGCUGGGGGAGGGGGAUGGGGGCGUGGUUUUUACGGAUGUGGCUGAGGCGCAUCCGUUGCUGAGGAAGUGGGGGGGGAUUGUGAGGGCGGAGGCCGCGAGGUAUGGGGUGGACUGGGAGGUGCUGAAGGACGAGGUGGGGGAUGCGAGGAGGGAGGGAGAAGAGGAGGAGCGGGAACGGGAGGGGCGGAUGAGGAGAGAACGGGGAGGGCAGCCGGCUGCGAGGGGGAGGGAGGCGCUUGCGUGGUGAGGUGGGAAAUUCUGCUGGCUCGGUUGUUAGGCGCUGGUCGCCUACGACGGACAAUCGAGCUCGGACGGAUGGGUUGCCUGCGCACGUUGAAACAAACGCCAUGAAAGUUGCCCGGUCUAGAUGACGGCAGGACACAAGGGCCAAUGCGAGAGCCUGGGAAUUCCCAGACGGGACGUCCUGGCCAGGGGCUACGCCGUGGUCAGCAUUCGGACCCAUACCGCGUGGUUGGGACUUAACAUCCCGACCGGUCACCACUGU